GGGGAGAGCGGGGCAAAGAUGGCGGAGGAGGCCGUGAGGGCGGUCCUGGAGCAGCUGCUGGUGGCCCUGGGGACCCCCAAAAACGGGGAGCCCCGACGGGGAGCUCUGCUGGUGGCCCUGACGGCGGGGGGGGCCCUGGGGGGGCCCCUCUGCACCCUCACAGUGGCAGCCACGGGACCCCUCAGCCGUGACCUCGACCCUGAAACGCUCGGGGGGGGUGCCCCCCGGGGGGUGCAGGAGCUGCCGGGAGCCCCCCCAAAUCCCCCCCCCUGCUGCGGGCGGAUCCUGGCCCGGGCUCAGGUGCAAAGGAGCUUCCAGAUCUGUCACCCCCCCCCGCUGAGCCCCGCCCGGGGGUCCCUGUGGCGGCUCCUGCACCGGACCAGCCUCGUGCACCCCGAGGUCGAGUUCCAUUUCUGUGCCAGCAUCGAUGGGAACGUCACGUCCCGAAGGCUGAGCCCGGAGCCCCCCUGGGCACAGGCGGGAACCAGGCUGAGGGUGCAGAGCCGGCACUUCACUGGGCCGCCCUGCAGCCGCCUCCGCCCGAGCCCGGGGCUGCCGCUGCCGCUGCCGGUGCCGCCCCCGCUGGCGGCCGCGGGCUUCGGGGGGGACCUGGAGCUGCUCCCGGUCAGCGCCCUCGGCCCCCCCGGGACCCCCCCCGGGCACGGACCCCCCCUCUGCCGAGUGCAACUUUACCUGUUCGACCCCGCGGGGGUCCCCGUGCCCCCCCCGGCCCCCCCAACCCUGCAGGACCCCUCUCUGCUCGGGGACUGGGGGGGCUUUGGCCUGGCUGUGACCCCCCUGAACCCCCAAAACCCCCCGGACCCCAAAAACCCCCCGGACCCCCGAGGCUGCUGUGAGGAUGAGGAAGAACCGGUGCCCCCCGAUGUCACCUUUGGGGUGCGCUGGGACCCCCCUGAGGGGGACGGGGACCCCCAAACUUCCCCCGAGGGGGACCCCAAAACCCUCCUGGUUUUCCUCUUCCUGCGGCACCGGGACCCCUUUGGGGGGUACGAUGCAGGGACGCGCCGGCUGCUCCUGGCCCAGCUGGAGCCCACGCUGCGCCUCGGCCGCCCCGCGCUGGCCCGGGGGCUCCGGGCCCUCCUGCACCCCCUCCUGGGGGAGCUGCGCCGCCAGCACCAGGCACCCCCCAAAAGCAGCGCAGGGGGCGGAGGGAGGAGGAGGAGGAGGAAGGGCCCCGGAGCAACUGCAGCCAGGACCCCGAGGAGUGGACGCUCUGAGGGACAGGACAGAGCCCCCUCCCAUCCCAGUGCCCUCCCAGUGCUCCCAGUUUCCCCAGUCCUGCCUCAUCCCAGUUUACACCAGUUGGUCCCAGUUCCUUCCAUGGGUUUCAUUUUCUCCACUCACCCCCAGUGACUGCUCGAAAUCCCAGUUCUCCCAGUCAGUCCCAGUUCCCCCAGUUAAUGUUGACUCUCCCCAUUGAUCCCAGUUCCCCCAGUGCUCCCAGUUUCCCACGGUCACUCCCAGUUGUCCCAGUCAUUUCUGGUUCCCGCAGUUGGUGUCUCCUGUUGAUCCCAGUCCCUCCCACUUUCCCAGUUUCUCCCAGUCCCCCCAGUUUCUUCCAGUCCAUCAUAAUUUCUCCCAGUCCCCCCCAGUCCCUCCAGUUUCUCCCAAUCCAUCCCAGUUUCUCCCAGUCCAUCCCAGUCCCCCCAGUUUCUCCCAGUCCAUCUCAGUUUCUCCCAGUCCAUCCUAAUUUU